CGCACACUGGAUCGAGUAGAGGCCGAGGGACCGUACCCGGACUCCGCGUACACCCUGCUCAACCGCGUCGGGCAGCGAAGCGUCAAGCAGUUUCCGUAUCGAGGAUUUGCCAUUGUGCCAGUGGACGGCGUCAACAAGGAGGUGGUGAAGGCAGUGGAGCGGGCGUCGCCCGAAAAACGACCCCUCUGGUUCGUGUUCACUGGCGUCGGCUGCCAGUGGAACAGCAUGGCACGCCAGAUGAUGCAGUUUGGCCCUUUUGCGGAAUCCAUCCGCAAGUCACACGCGCUUCUGCAGGACAACUUCGGAGAAGACCUGAUGGAUUUGGUGACCUCUGACGAGCCUCGAUGCAAAUCACUUAAGGGUUCAUUCGUCUCCAUUGUUUCGGUACAGCUUGCCCUAGUGGACACGCUUCAAGCUCUGGGGAUCCAGCCUGACGGCAUGUUGGGUCACUCGGCUGGCGAGGUGGGCUGUGCUUAUGCGGAUGGAGGCUUCACCGCAGAACAGGUGUUGAUUUCCGGCUAUUGGCGAGGCCGCUGCAUAGAAGAGGCCUAUGCGUUGGAUGGUGCCAUGGCUGCAGUAGGGCUCACUUGGGAAGAGACCAAACGGCGCUGUCCCCCGGACGUGUACCCUGCGUGCCACAAUGCGGAAGAUUCUGUCACUGUGUCCGGCACAGCCGAAGCGGUCGAAAAGAUGGUUGCGCAACUCCAAGCAGAGGGAAUUUUCGCCCGUAAGGUGGAUAGCAUGGGAGUGGCUUUUCACACCAAGCACAUCGAGAGCAUCGGACCUGCCUUUCGAGAAGUUCUUCAAAAGGCCAUACCCCAACCAAAGGCACGCAGCAAGCGCUGGAUUAGCACAUCAGCGCCGGAGAGCCGUUGGGGAGAGCCGGACGCGCAGCUCUGCUCUGCCGAAUACCACGUCAACAACUUCCUAAACCCCGUGUUGUUCUGUGAGGCCCUCGCUCAUGUACCUAAGGACGCCAUCUUACUGGAGAUUGGACCACACUGCCUUUUGCAGGUGAGUGGCAUGCCAGAAUGA